GAUCAGCACUGACGUGCUGCAAUUAUUUCACUUGACUACGAACCGAAAACAUUUUUAUUACACAUCGUCUCGCAGCGUUUUCCGUCUCUUCGCAGAUGCAUCUACUCAACUGUGGCUCUCAUAUUCAUAGAUUUGUUAUAUCCAUAAUUGACACAAAUAAUGUGAGUACUGUGAAGGGCUUAUCUCGAAUACACUCAACUAUAAUUUUUAUGUUAUCUGUUUAUUAGUACAAAAGCGGUCCAUUUUACUUCAGAGUGUCAGUUCUCGUUUGAAAUACGUUGCUGAAGCAACUUCUGUGGAGAACAUGACUGAGGAGAGGCGACUCAUAUGGCGUAAACCAGUAGAAGCUCUCAAUAAAAUUGCCGGCAAACAGCAUGUUCCGUGGUACUUUGCUAGUGGAUUUAUAUUGUUUUGGUGCUUGCUGUUCUUUGGGAUUGUAAUACCAUAUUUUUACUGCUUGCCCACGGCGCUGACAUUAGAGGACGAGGGGAAAAAUGUGUUUAUUACGGAGCGCGCAUAUCGCAAUCUAUAUAAUCUGUCAAAUAUUGGAAUUAAAAUAUCCGGAACUGACAAAAAUGAAGUCGAGGCUGUAAACUUUCUUUUAAGUGAAUUGGAACGAAUUCAAGAUAAUCUCCAAAAUGAAUUAUUUGAUAUGGAAAUAGACCGAUCACAGGCUUCCGGAUCAUUUCUAGUUAAUUCCGCUCUAAGAGUGUAUCAGGGAGUUCAAAAUAUUGCCGUUAAGAUCUCCCCCAAGAACAGUACAAGCGAGACAUACCUUCUCAUCAAUAGUCACUUCGAUUCUGAAUCGGGACCUGGUGCCGGAGAUGCGGGAUUCAUGAUAGUCACUAUGAUGGAAGUUCUGCGAGUAAUUGCCACAUCGAAGCAACCGAUUCAACAUCCAAUUGUGUUCUUGUUCAAUGGAGCCGAGGAAGGCGGACUUCAAGCUUCGCAUGGGUUUAUAACAACUCACAGAUGGGCGCCGUUCUGCAAGGCCGUUAUCAACCUUGAUGCUGCGGGGGGUGGAGGUCGGGAUGUUCUAUUCCAAAGCGGCCCCAAUCAUCCAUGGCUAGUAGAAUACUACAAAAGAUACAUCAAACAUCCUUUUGCCACAACCAUGGCUGAGGAAAUCUUUCAGGCAGGAAUAAUUCCAUCCGACACAGACUUUCGACAGUUUAAAACUUAUGGCCAAAUCCCAGGAUUGGACAUGGCUCAGUGCAUUAACGGAUUUGUAUAUCACACCAAGUAUGAUACCAUUAAUGUAAUCCCACGCGAAUCAUUGCAAAAUACAGGUGAUAAUAUUCUGGGACUGGUGCGCGGAUUAGCCAAUGCAACUGAACUAAAUAAUACAGUGGCACACAAGGAUGGACAUGCUGUAUUCUUUGAUUUUCUUGGGGUUUACUUCAUACAUUAUUCCGAGGCUACUGGCAAAUACAUAAACUUUGGAAUCGCUGGAACUAUUUUUAUUUUGAUUAUUGUUUCAAUGUGGCGAAUGGCAAAUGUUUCUCACGUCACAUAUUCUUAUAUUAUUCGUUGGUUCAUUCUCUUACUUGGGAUUCAGAUUUCUUCCUUCGUACUUGGUCUAACUCUUCCGAUUUUGAUCUCGCACAUUAUGGAUUCCUUUGGCUUAUCACUGACUUACUAUAGCACUCCACUCUUAGUAUUCGGAUUGUAUGUGUGUCCUUCACUUAUUGGUCUUACUGUGCCCUUCACCAUCUUCUUUAGUCUUCAGCGCAACACAUCCGAUCAACAUAUAUUUUUGUAA